UUUUCACUGAGGGUUCACAGUGUGCUUGACCCACAUCAACCCUUAGUGAGCAGAAAAACACAGCCUUAACUAGACUCUACCAGGAUCCUGACUGAAGCUUCCAGCAAAAACCUCCGGAAGAAAACCUGGUGCAAGAAAAUCCAUACAUACACACAAAAAAUGCCAGCUCAAGAAAACUACAGUUCUCAGGGGCCAGUAGCUGGAGUGUUCCUUGAACAUUCAAAUGAAACAAUUACAAUAUACCAAGCCUUCAAGAAGCGCUUGUUGAAGCUAGGAACAUAUCUGUCACUGUUAGAAGCUCAAGCUGCAACAGGAGGAAUCAUCGACCCCGUCAGAAACAGGGUAUGGUCUGUAGAAGAUGCAGUAAAGGAAGGCAUUGUGGGACAUGAAAUCAAAGAGAAACUUCAAUUAGCUGAGAGGGCCAUCACAGGCUAUACCGAUCCCUACACCAACCAACAAAUCUCACUCUUUCAGGCCAUGCAAAAAGAUGUAAUCCCAAGAGAAUAUGGCAUUAGAUUACUUGAGGCACAGAUCUCUGCCAAAGGGAUCUAUGACCCCAUUGAAAAAUGCUACCUAACAGAAGAACAAGCCUAUGGGAAAGGUCACUAUGACAAAGAUCUUUUUAGAGACCAGGUGGAUGCUCUAAAAGUAUUCUAUGAUCCAAACUCUCAAGAAAACCUCACCUAUGCAUCUUUGAUAAAGAAAUGCACUGUAGCCCCAGAGACAGGUUUGCUGCUGUUCCCGAUUUACAUCACAUUUAAAGGUCUUCGCAGAGGUGUAACCUCCGCUGAGCUUCUGGCAUCAAAAAUAAUUGACCAACAGACAUUUGAAAAUCUACAUAAUGGUAAAACCACUACCAAGGAUGUGAUGUUAAUGGAAACAGUGAAAGAAUAUCUAGAAGGUAAAAAGAGCAUUGGGGGAGUAGCUGUGCUCUCUACUAACAAGAAAAUUAGCUUCUAUCAGGCAAUUAGACAAGGAAUAAUCAUGCCUGGUUCUGCUUUGAUUCUGCUGGAAGCCCAGGCUGCAACUGGAUUCAUGAUUGACCCUGUUGAAAACAAGACAUACAGUGUAGAUGAAGCCAUUAAACAAAAACUUGUAGGGCCAGAGUACCAUGCAAAAUUGCUUGCAGCAGAACGUGCAGUGACUGGUUACAAGGAUCCAUACACUGGUGAAACCAUUUCUCUUUUUCAAGCUCUGAAGAAGGAACUGAUUGUGAGGGAGCAUGGGAUCCGAUUGCUUGAGGCACAAAUUGCGACUGGUGGAAUUAUCGAUCCAAUAAACAGUCACAGAGUUCCUGUGGAUGUUGCAUACAAGCAUGGCUUCUUCGAUGAGGAAAUGAAUGCCAUCCUUGAGGAUCCUAGAGAUGACACUAAAGGUUUCUUUGACCCAAACACAAAUGAUAAUCUGACAUAUCUGCAACUGCUAGAUCGCUGUGUCAUCGACCCCUCUACUGGACUUACAUUAUUGCCCAUUCAGGAUCCAUCCAGCAGUCUGAAUCACAAAUUUAUUGGCUAUGACAUCAAAAAAGUCUUCAAGGGUGUCAUGGUAAAAGUGGCAUGUGGAAAAUACAUGGGAAUGACUGUUUCGCUCUGGGAAUUACUUAUGUCUGAAUAUUUUACUGAACAGCAAAGGCAAGACUUUAUCCAGCAAUACAGAAACAAAACACUCACAAUUGAAAUUAUAGUCACCAAAGUCCUGGAGAUCAUUGAACAUUCAGUGAAAACAGCUAAUGUUGUUUUUGAAGGUAUAAGGGAAAAAGUAACUGCAAACCAGCUUGCCGAAGCUGACAUACUCACAGAGCAUGAUCUAGAAGAUCUCAGAGGAGGAAAAAAGACUGUAAAAGAUGUUACAGAUAAUGAAUCUGUGCAGAUAUACCUACAAGGUAAACCAAGUAUUGCUGGUGUGCUGCUUCCUGACUCCCAAAUAAUGUCAAUCUACCAAGCCAGACAAAAGGGAAUUCUGAGGCCAGGAACAUCACUUGUUCUUCUUGAAGCUCAGGCUGCAACAGGAUUCAUAAUUGACCCAAAUGCUAAUCGAAAGUUUUCUGUAGAUGAUGCAGUGAAGGCACAAGUGGUAGGGGCUGAUCUUCAUGAGAAAUUAAGCUCAGCAGAGAAGGCAGUGACUGGUUACCAAGAUCCUUACACUGGCAAGAAAAUCUCAUUGUUCCAAGCAAUGCAGAAAGAUUUAAUUGUGAAAGAUCAUGGUAUACGUCUGCUAGAGGCCCAGAUUGCCACAGGGGGCAUUAUUGAUCCUGUAAAUAGCCAUCGCAUUCCUGUUCAUAUUGCUUAUAAACUAGGAUAUUUUGAUAACGAAAUGAAUCAGAUCCUUUGCGAUCCAACUGAUGACACAAAAGGAUUCUUUGACCCAAACACUCAUGAAAACCUUACUUAUAUGCAGCUUAUGUCCAGAUGUGUCACUGACCAAAGCUCAGGCCUUUGCCUCUUGAAAAUCAAAGGAAACGACAAGAGAGUCAAAAUAGGAGGCAGCUUCAAAGAGCUGCUCCAGACCACAUACGUCUCUGUGAGAUACGGCAGAUUCAGCAACAAUAAAGUGACACUCUGGGAUCUCAUCAACUCUGAAUAUUUGUCAGAGGAGAAAAGGCAGGAGCUGUUAAAGAGUUACAAGUCCAAAGCAAUCACAAUAGAAGAAAUCAUAACAAUUAUUUUAAAGAUCAUUGAGAGCAAGGAAGUACAAAGGAAUGCUGACCUCAGUGUAGAUGGUCUCAGGGGAAAAGUAUCCAUUUUGGAGCUGCUGAAUUCGGCAAUAAUAGAUGAAAAAACAUACAAAAAUGUGCUUGAGGGCAAACUAACAAUCAAAGACCUCACUGAGAUGGGCACUGUGAGGAACUUCCUUAGAGGAACAAGCUGUAUUGCAGGUGUAUUAUUACAAAAGUCAAACCAGAAAAUGAGCAUCUACCAAGCCAAAAAAGAGGGCUAUCUGACCCCUGGGACUGCCUUGUGUCUUCUUGAAGCACAGGCUGCCACUGGUUUUAUUAUUGAUCCAAUACAAGACAAGAAACUCACAGUUGACGAGGCCUUGACGCAGAAAGUCAUUGUUCCAGAGUUGUAUGAAAAACUCCUGGCUGCUGAGAAAGCGGUGAUUGGUUACAAAGACCCAUACACAGGCAAGACAAUAUCACUUUUCGAAGCCAUCAAGAAAGACCUUAUUGUAAAACAGCAUGGCAUACGUCUGCUUGAAGCUCAGAUUGCAACAGGUGGAAUCAUUGAUCCCUUAACAGGUUUACAUUUACCACUCGAAGUUGCUUUCAAAAAGGGUUAUUUUGAUGCAGACUUAAAUAAGAUCCUUGCUGAUCAAAGUGAUGACACCAAAGGAUUUUUUGCUCCCACCACACAAGAAAAUCUGACCUACAUUGAAAUGUUGGAACGAUGCAUCAAGGACCCCGAUACUGGUCUUUUCCUGCUUCCAGUUGCUGAAAAAGGGAAAACACAAGAAAGAUCACAAACAAUUAUCUCAGAUGCUGAGAUUAAGGAAGAAUUUGAGAAAAAAAGUGUUGUUGUUCCUUUUGGCAAUUUCUCUGGAAAAUCACUGUCACUUUGGGAAUUAAUACAUUCUGUAUACUUCACAGAUGAACAAAGGCAGCAGUACUUUGAACAAUAUUGUUUGGGCAAGAUAAAUAUCAAGGAUGUUAUCCACAUAGUUACCAAAACUAUUCAAACAAUAGAACAGAAAGAAGCAAAUUCUCAGACAACUAUGGGCCUGAGAAAACCUGUUUCUGUGCAACAGCUGUAUGACUCUGGAAUUAUUGACACCAAAACUUACAAUGAGCUGCAACAUGGUAAGGAGACUCUUGAAAACAUGGUUAAACUUGAAUCUGUUCAAAUGUACUUGAAAGGCACUGGAAGCAUUGCUGGAGUAAAGCUUCAUCCAUCAGGAAAAGUGUUAAGUUUAUACAUGGCAAAAACUGAAGGAUUACUCACUUCUGAUGCAGCACUGUUGUUGCUUGAGGCUCAGGCAGCAACUGGAUAUGUUAUUGAUCCAAUCCGAAACACACAGCACACAGUCAUGGAGGCUGUCAGAAAUCAACUUAUUGGACCAGAGAUAUCGGAGCACUUACUAUUGGCUGAACGUGCUGUCACUGGCUUCACAGACCCAUACACAGAUAAGCAAAUAUGCUUAUUUGAAGCAAUGCAAAAAGGCCUCAUCCCUCAAAAACAUGGACUGAACCUCUUAGAUGCACAACUUGCCACAGGAGGAAUUAUUGAUCCAAUUGGCAGCUACAGAUUGCCUAUACAAAAAGCAAUUAUUAAAGGAUGCUUGAAUGAUCAGACCAGUGAUCUUCUGGCAAAUCCUAUAAAUAGUGAAAAGGGGUUUUCAGACCCAGAGACAAAAGAACCUCUUACUUACCAACAACUAAUGAAGAAAUGUGAAAGGAAUUCAACUACUGGCCUGCUGCUUCUCCCAGUGACUGAAAAGAGUGCUGAAACUUCAAUCUACAGUGACAAACAAAUAAUAAAGAUCUUUAAAGAAAAAUCAGUGAUCAUCAAUGCUGGUAAGUUUGCGGAUAAACGUGUAUCACUUUGGGAUGCACUACACUCAGAGUAUAUAUCUAGAAAGAAAAGGGAAGAAUUACUUGACCAAUACAAACAAAAGAAACUUUCAAUAGACGAGAUAACAGAAAUGGUGACAGCAAUGAUAAUUGAAGUAACCACAAAAAAGCAUUCAUUUAAAGGUCUUCGAAGAAAAGUGUCAGCAAGUGAGCUAUUUGAAGCAAAAAUCAUCUCAAAAGAAAUUAUGAGUAAGCUUAACAAUGAUGAAGUAGAUGAUGAAGAUAUAAACAAAAUGGAAUCUAUUCAAAAAUAUCUUACAGCAACAAACUGUAUUGCUGGUGUAUAUUUCCAGUCCAAAAAACAGACCUUGAGCAUCUUCGAAGCCAAAAAUAAGGGACUUCUGACACCUGGAACAUCUCUGGUUUUACUUGAGGCCCAAGCAGCCACUGGUUUUAUGAUUGACCCAGUGAGGAACAAAAAGCUUUCAGUAGAGCAGGCAGUGGCUGAAGGUGUUGUGGGCAUGGAAUGGAAAAGCAAACUGCUCUCUGCAGAACGAGCAGUCACUGGAUACACAGACCCUUACACAGGCAAAACAAUCUCCUUGUUCCAGGCCUUGAAAAAAGAUCUGAUCGUCAAGGACCACGGUAUUCGUCUGUUAGAGGCUCAGAUCGCCACCGGGGGCAUCAUUGAUCCUGUGCACAGCCACCGUGUUCCUGUGGAGGUGGCUUACCAAAGAGGGUACUUUGAUGAGGAGAUGAACAAGAUCCUAUCCGAUCCAGAUGAUGACACCAAAGGUUUCUUUGAUCCCAACACACAAGAGAACCUCACAUACUUGCAACUUGUGGAGCGGUGUGUUAGAGACCCCAACACUGGCCUGAGCCUCCUCGUGAUUGCGAAAAAGGGUGAGUUCUACUUCUUCAUUGAUGAACAUACAAAGAAUAUCCUUAAAUCUACAAGCACAAAGAAAGCGGGAGGUAAAUUCCAAGGACAGCUGGUGACACUCUGGGAUCUGCUGCACUCAAAUUACAUUUCUGAGGAAAAGAGGAGAGAACUGGUGCAGCGGUUUAAAUCAGGAACAAUAACUAUAGAACAGUUUUUAGAAAUAGUUCUCACAGUGGUAUCACAGAAAUCAGAAACGAGCACCCAAAUCAUUACAACAAUAACAACAACAGAGACGACCCAAAAACAAAAUUUUCAAGGCAUCAGAAAGGAAGUGAGCGCUGAUGAGUUGCUGCAGUCCAAAGUCAUUGAUGAGAAAAUGUACAAAGACCUAACUUCCGGAAAAGUCACAGUUGAUCAUGUAAGUGAAAUGGACUCUGUGCGAAAAUACUUGAAAGGAACAAAUAGCAUCGCUGGUGUAUUUGUGCAGUCUACCAAACAAACCAUGAACAUCUUCGAAUCCAAAAAUAAGGGACUUCUGACACCUGGAACAUCUCUGGUUUUGCUUGAGGCACAGGCUGCCACUGGCUUUAUGAUUGACCCAGUGAAGAAUAAAAAGCUGUCAGUAGAACAGGCAGUGGCUGAAGGACUUGUUGGGGCAGAUUUGAAAAACAAACUGCUCUCUGCAGAGCGGGCGGUCACUGGUUACACGGACCCUUACACAGGGAACAUAAUCUCCUUGUUCCAGGCCUUGAAAAAAGAUCUGAUCGUCAAGGACCAUGGUAUUCGUCUGUUAGAGGCUCAGAUCGCCACCGGGGGCAUCAUUGAUCCUGUGCACAGCCACCGUGUUCCUGUGGAGGUGGCUUACCAAAGAGGGUACUUUGAUGAGGAGAUGAACAAGAUCCUAUCCGAUCCAGAUGAUGACACCAAAGGUUUCUUUGAUCCCAACACACAAGAGAACCUCACAUACUUGCAACUUGUGGAGCGGUGUGUUAGAGACCCCAACACUGGCCUGAGCCUCCUCGUGAUUGCGAAAAAGGGUGAGUUCUACUUCUUCAUUGAUGAACAUACAAAGAAUAUCCUUAAAUCUACAAGCACAAAGAAAGCGGGAGGUAAAUUCCAAGGACAGCUAGUGACACUCUGGGAUCUGCUGCACUCAAAUUACAUUUCUGAGGAAAAGAGGAGAGAACUGGUGCAGCGGUUUAAAUCAGGAACAAUAACUAUAGAACAGUUUUUAGAAAUAGUUCUUACAGUGGUAUCACAGAAAUCAGAAACGAGCACCCAAAUCAUUACAACAAUAACAACAACAGAGACGACCCAAAAACAAAAUUUUCAAGGCAUCAGAAAGGAAGUGAGCGCUGAUGAGUUGCUGCAGUCCAAAGUCAUUGAUGAGAAAAUGUACAAAGACCUAACUUCCGGAAAAGUCACAGUUGAUCAUGUAAGUGAAAUGGACUCUGUGCGAAAAUACUUGAAAGGAACAAAUAGCAUCGCUGGUGUAUUUGUGCAGUCUACCAAACAAACCAUGAACAUCUUCGAAGCCAAAAAUAAGGGACUUCUGACACCUGGAACAUCUCUGGUUUUGCUUGAGGCACAGGCUGCCACUGGCUUUAUGAUUGACCCAGUGAAGAAUAAAAAGCUGUCAGUAGAACAGGCAGUGGCUGAAGGACUUGUUGGGGCAGAUUUGAAAAACAAACUGCUCUCUGCAGAACGGGCGGUCACUGGUUACACAGACCCUUACACAGGGAACAUAAUCUCCUUGUUCCAGGCCUUGAAAAAAGAUCUGAUCGUCAAGGACCACGGUAUUCGUCUGUUAGAGGCUCAGAUCGCCACCGGGGGCAUCAUUGAUCCUGUGCACAGCCACCGUGUUCCUGUGGAGGUGGCUUACCAAAGAGGGUACUUUGAUGAGGAGAUGAACAAGAUCCUAUCCGAUCCAGAUGAUGACACCAAAGGUUUCUUUGAUCCCAACACACAAGAGAACCUCACAUACUUGCAACUUGUGGAGCGGUGUGUUAGAGACCCCAACACUGGCCUGAGCCUCCUCGUGAUUGCGAAAAAGGGUGAGUUCUACUUCUUCAUUGAUGAACAUACAAAGAAUAUCCUUAAAUCUACAAGCACAAAGAAAGCGGGAGGUAAAUUCCAAGGACAGCUGGUGACACUCUGGGAUCUGCUGCACUCAAAUUACAUUUCUGAGGAAAAGAGGAGAGAACUGGUGCAGCGGUUUAAAUCAGGAACAAUAACUAUAGAACAGUUUUUAGAAAUAGUUCUCACAGUGGUAUCACAGAAAUCAGAAACGAGCACCCAAAUCAUUACAACAAUAACAACAACAGAGACGACCCAAAAACAAAAUUUUCAAGGCAUCAGAAAGGAAGUGAGCGCUGAUGAGUUGCUGCAGUCCAAAGUCAUUGAUGAGAAAAUGUACAAAGACCUAACUUCCGGUAAAGUCACAGUUGAUCAUGUAAGUGAAAUGGACUCUGUGCGAAAAUACUUGAAAGGAACAAAUAGCAUCGCUGGUGUAUUUGUGCAGUCUACCAAACAAACCAUGAACAUCUUCGAAGCCAAAAAUAAGGGACUUCUGACACCUGGAACAUCUCUGGUUUUGCUUGAGGCACAGGCUGCCACUGGCUUUAUGAUUGACCCAGUGAAGAAUAAAAAGCUGUCAGUAGAACAGGCAGUGGCUGAAGGACUUGUUGGGGCAGAUUUGAAAAACAAACUGCUCUCUGCAGAACGGGCGGUCACUGGUUACACGGACCCUUACACAGGGAACAUAAUCUCCUUGUUCCAGGCCUUGAAAAAAGAUCUGAUCGUCAAGGACCAUGGUAUUCGUCUGUUAGAGGCUCAGAUCGCCACCGGGGGCAUCAUUGAUCCUGUGCACAGCCACCGUGUUCCUGUGGAGGUGGCUUACCAAAGAGGGUACUUUGAUGAGGAGAUGAACAAGAUCCUAUCCGAUCCAGAUGAUGACACCAAAGGUUUCUUUGAUCCCAACACACAAGAGAACCUCACAUACUUGCAACUUGUGGAGCGGUGUGUUAGAGACCCCAACACUGGCCUUAGUCUGCUUGCUUUAAAAAAGUAGAUUUAAGAUUGGAUUCAAAAUGCCAUGCAAUAUAUUCUCACUUCUUUAUCCACAAUCAUUAUGUUCUAUUUCCACUUAAGCCAAAUACAAAUCUGUAUGUGUGUAUUAUUUAACAUUCAUUUUCUGUGUGCAUUGCUUACAUUAUUAUAAAAUACAUUUUAAACUGAAAUGUAGAAGCAUAAGUAAAAGCGCAAAUUAAAUUUCGUAUUUCAUCUUUUUAACUCAAGCCCUCUUGCUACUGUGUUCAAAACAAUUGAAAUAAACACACAGUUGCAAUAUGUCAAUGUAUUUGGUCAUUUUCAAGUCAGUAAUCAGUAUUCUCUUUUAUUCUAAAUACUGUUUUGUUAAACAUGGCGUUUACAUUGUGAUAAAGUCAACAUUCAACAUUUAUUGCAUACCAGGACAUAAACAAGAGGAAAAUUGUUUCAGAUUAGGGUAGAAAAGAUAAACAAAUAUUUUUGGAAAAAUUGUACCUGAAAAUCUGACAAAGUUGCCUUAUCAUUUAUAAACAAUUCCCAAAGAGAGAGAGAGAAAUUACAUUUUGUACACUUUAAAAAUAAAUGAAUUCAAUUUAAGAGUUCCUGCAAUAUACAUAUUCAGACUAAUUUGUCAAGUAGCUGAAUGUCUUCUCCACCAUGAUAUACUCUUUAGAGAUGACCGGGCAGAUACCGUCAAGAAGACAUUCAAGUACUUCAGUGCAAUUGACUGUCUCAUUAAUGAAAUGUGAAACAUCAAAAAUGGUUCCCGAACAUCCUUACCGAUCUACUGAAUAGUAAGAAAAUACAUGCACUUUCUAUCUUUUGGCGGUAACUGUAUGUACAGUAUAUGCACAGCUACAUCAUUACCUGAGUGCAGAUGAAGUGAUUUUAGUACCACUGAGGUUCAGGAUGCAGAACAAAUCAGAUUCACCACCAUGUGCAAGAUUUCCCAUGGCAAUCUCUGUGUCUUCUUCUGAAAAUGGCUGGUUGGCCAAAUCAAGCUCCCUGAGGGUGCUGUUCCAUUCGUGGGCAAGCAUGUGUAUUCCUUUCUUGGAUGCUACGAUCUUGCUGUUGAAGUAUAAGCCCCAGAUAUUAUUCAUAGUUAUCCUUCCAUACUAUACAACAGGUGCAUCUCAAUAAAUUAAAAUGUUGUGGAAAAAGUUCAUUCAACUGAAAUUGUGAAAC